AUGACUGGUCCUUUGCCUCACAAGGCUCGCCGCAGGGGGCCUAAGAAGCCGUCGCCUACUUCGUCCCAGACGACCAUCGUCAACGUCACGUCGUCCACCAAGGGCGAUGCUGUGGCCAAAGCGCCGCUGUUCCCGCUGGCCUCUUUCAUGUGGGCUGCGCGUGGCUCGGCUUCCGAAUGGGAGGUCCUGCCUCUGAUCCUCAUGGUUGUCGGCCUCUUCAGGUGGGCUGCUGGUCUUUGGGGCUACUCUGGCUACCACAGGGGCCCUGUGUUCGGCGACUACGAAGCGCAAAGGAACUGGAUGGAAGUGACGACGCAGGUCCCCGUCUCGCAAUGGUACUUCCAUGAUCUGCAACACUGGGGGCUGGACUACCCUCCCCUGACGGCAUACCACAGCUGGGUCUGCGGCCAGAUCGGGUCUCUGAUCAACCCCGUCUGGUUCACUCUCUACGUCUCGAGGGGUUCUGACGACCCCGCUCUGAAGAUAUUCAUGCGCGCCACGGUCAUUGUGUCCGAGUACCUCGUCUACAUCCCAGCCGCCGUUGUCUUUGUGAGGAGGUUCAGCAGGUUCAACGGUGUCUCCAACUGGUCUGCCUCGCUUGCGCUGGUCGCCUUCCUGAUGCAGCCGUCGACGAUACUCAUCGACCACGUGCAUUUCCAGUACAACACGGUCAUGCUGGGUUUCGUCCUCGCAAGCAUGUCCAGCAUGGUCGCCGGCCGCUACAUGUGGUCCGCCGUCUUCUUCGUCGCAGCCCUUGGCUUCAAGCAAAUGGCCCUCUACUAUGCCUUUUCCGUCUUCUCCUAUCUCCUGGGAAGCUGCGUCUUCCCCAAGGUCAACGUCGGCCGCCUGUUCGGCAUCGCCUUGGUCACCGUCGUUUCUUUCGCCAUACUCAUCCUUCCCCUCGUCCUGGGCACCCUCUACGACGUGCGCAGAGGCAUCGACUCGCGUCCUAACAUUGAUGGCCCGCCUCCCCCGCUACCCCUGUUUCCCCACCUCGCCGAAAAGCUCGACACCGACGCCUUCUACUACCCUCUCGUCGAGCAGCUCCUUCAGAUGGUGCACCGCAUCUUCCCCUUUGCGCGCGGCCUCUUCGAGGACAAGGUUGCCAACUUCUGGUGCGCCCUCAACGUCGUGGUCAAGCUGCGCAACUUUGCCCCCGAACUGCAGCAAAGGGCCGCGCUGGCGUUGACGCUGGCAUCCAUCAUCCCAGCCAACCUUGUCCUCUUCUUCCGCCCUCGCAAGCACCUGUUGCCCCUCGGCUUCGCGGCGACCGCAUGGGGCUUCUUCCUUUUCAGCUUCCAGGUCCACGAGAAGAGCGUUCUUCUGCCGCUCAUGCCCAUGACUCUGCUCCUCGCCGGCAAGCAGGGUCUCUCAAGGGACACACGCGCUUGGGUCGGCUUUGCCAACAUUUUGGGUGCUUGGACCAUGUUUCCCCUUCUCCAGCGCGUUGAUCUCCGCGUUCCGUACGCCGUCCUGACCCUGCUCUGGGCCUACCUGCUCGGCCUCCCGCCGACAUCGCUGAGCGCAUACUUCCAGGAGGGCCAGUCAGCCUGGGUCCAGUGGGGAACAGCCCUGGUGCAUGGCGUCUUCUACGUCGCCAUGGCGGCCUGGCACGUCGUCGAGGCGACGGUGCGCCCCCCGAUCGACAAGCCUGACCUUUGGGCUGUCGCCAACGUUGGCGUCGGCUGCGUCGGCUUUGGUCUGUGCUAUCUGUGGUGCAUGUGGCAGCUUUUCGCGCAAAGCGGGCAGCUACCUGUCAAGGCUAGCAGCAAGUCGAAGAAAAAGUCGUACUGA